AAAAAAAAAAACGAUCCCUUCGUCUCUUCUCUUCCCCACUCUCCUCAAGCACCCAGCCUCGGAUUCGUGGCGAGCGAUUCGGCGCCCUGCCGCCCCGGCGGACCCUGCUCGGCCGGAGCCGGACGUGCCUCGUGUGGUUGUAUAAACCCGCACUCUGAUGGUACGUGUGGCGACCAUAGCGACAGUAGCAUCGUCCUUCUGGAAAUAAGAGAUGUUUGUUCCUAAAACAGAUAACCAAUCUGACCUUGAGGGGCCACAUAGAAAUUCUGGGCCAUGGCUGUGCUCCAUUUGCUCUCGGCAAAAUGAUACGAGUUGUAUAUCUUGUGAGGUAUGCGGCGUUCUUCGGGAUUUGUCGCUGUAUUUCAGUAACGCCAAUGAAGCUGAAAGUGGAGCUAAACGCAGAAACAAGCAUUCUGGUGUAUCUGUACUGGCAAGAUCUCUUUUCACACCAUCUGGUCCAAAAUCAAAAGCCGUUGUUUUCUCUGAUGGAUUUCGAGGCAACAAAAACGCAACAGGACAUAUGCAAGCUUCCUUGGGUACUCUGCACAAGACAUACAUGACACAUAAGCUGUGCCAUAACAUAGUGCCUUUCAAGUUUGAUAUACCAUCUCCUGAUGAUAUGGUCUCUACAGGCUUAAAAUCGUCCAGACAUUUGCGAAAAGAUAUCCCUGGAAAGAUGGUGAUGGGUGAUGAUGAUGUUGUAGUUGAGAAGGAUACAAGUACAGACCCAAGUUCAUCAGUGAAGUUGGAAGAACUUGGUGGAAAUAGUAGCAGUGUUGCCGCCAAUACUCAGAACGAAACUCUUAUUUUGGACAAUGAGCUACAACAUUUGAGUAUAGAAAGGAAGCCAAAAAACAGUAAAGCAAAGAUUAAGAAGCCAGUACCUGUUUCGCAGUACAAGCCAGAACCGUGGAUGCUACAGGGCAAAGAUCUAGAAAUGCCUAGACAACUAAAUCUUGCCAUUGUUGGUCAUGUUGAUUCUGGCAAAUCAACAUUAUGUGGUCGGUUGCUGCAUGCCCUGGGGAGAAUUUCAAAAAAGCAAAUGCAUAAGAAUGAGAAAGAAGCGAAAGAAAAGGGAAAAGGGUCGUUUGCAUAUGCUUGGGCCAUGGAUGAGAGUGCUGAUGAAAGGGCACGUGGCAUCACGAUGAAUGUCGGUGUAGCAUACUUUGACACCAAAAACUACCAAGUUGUUAUGCUUGACUCCCCUGGUCACAAAGAUUUUGUUCCUAACAUGAUAUCUGGAGUGACGCAAGCUGAUGCAGCAGUCCUAGUUGUUGAUGCCUCUCUAGGAUCAUUUGAGUCGGGUAUGGGCGUUAAUGGGGUUGGACAGACAAAGGAGCACUCACAGCUUAUUCGAAGUUUCGGUGUUGAGGACUUGAUAGUUGCUGUUAAUAAGAUGGAUUCGGUGGAAUAUUCGGCAGAACGCUUCAAUUAUGUGAAAUCACAACUUGGCAUUUUUCUCCGAUCAUGUGGCUAUAAAGAGUCGGCGAUAACCUGGGUUCCUUUGAGUGCAAUGGAAAAUGAAAAUCUGGUGACAGCAGUUUCAGAUACUCGUCUCUCAUCAUGGUUUCAUGGGACUUGCCUUCUGGAAGCAAUUGACUCGUCAGCACCACCUCAUCGUGAUGUUUCAAGGCCACUACGGCUUCCAAUUUGUGAUGUUAUUUCAUCCCAUGUGCUGGGACAAGUGGCGGUUUGUGGUAAAGUAGUGUGUGGAGCAAUCCGGAGUGAUUCCAAGGUUCUUGUGAUGCCUUCGGGAGAGCUAGCUACAGUGAAAAUCAUCGAGCGGGACUCCUCUCGUCUCAGCUCGGCAAGAGCUGGCGACAACAUUGCGAUUGGGCUGCAAGGGAUCGACCCUAUCCACGUGAUGUCGGGUGGAGUCCUGUGCCACCCAGAUUACCCCGUGUCGGUGGCGUCUUCCCUGGAGCUGAAGAUCCUGGUGCUAGACAUCACAGUACCUAUACUGCCGGGCCUUCAGUUUGAGCUCCACGUGCACCAUGCGAAGGUGUCGGCGUCCCUGGUGAGGAUUGUGUCGCUGCUGGACCAGAAGACUGGCAAGGCCUCGGCGAAGAAGCCGCGGAUGCUGACUGCGAAGCAGGCUGCCAUCGUCGAGGUGAAGCUGGAGAGGGAGGUGUGCGUGGAGGAGUUCGGAACACUCAAGGCCCUUGGCCGCGCGUUCCUGCGGUCGCAGGGGAGCACCGUCGCGGUCGGCGUGGUGACCCGCGUCGUGCAGGUGCAGGUACAGGGGGAGCGAGCAGAGCACGCUUGUUAGGGCGCGUUGGCAGAGUUGUACAUACAGACAUAUACUCGUCGUCAGGUCAGGGGUGCAGACCAGUUUACUUGGUUGGAGGA